GAGCUUUGUAAACACUCCAACACACUUCCUAAUUAAUAUAAAAGCUAGCUUUUGACUUACCAAAAUGCAGAAUGCAAAUUUGGAUUCAUUUACAGUUGUUAACAGUUCACGAAACAAACCGAACACAGCUAUUCUGUGCCUACUUAUUAUAAUAUUAGGUAACUUAGUUGGAGCUGCGUUAGUUGGCGUCCAACUAGAGAAAUCUAACAACACCGGUGUGCUUCUAGCUGGCAAUACGCAAGAUGGAUGUCAUGAGAAUCAAAACUACGCCAUGAUUGUUGAAGAUUUAUUGAUUAUAUAUGAGAAGUCAGGAUGUAACAUCCCAGUAAAUUUAAUUGAUUGGUCUGACUUGAAUCAAAAACAACUUCUGGUUGAUGUGAGAAAAUCGUGUAAUGGCCAACGAAAAUGUUUGCUUAAUGGAAGUAUUUUGACUGCGUACUGCGAUGAGCAACCUGUGAAACCAGAACGAUUCAAUGUUACAUACUCCUGUUACCCUACAAGUAUGUUAUUUGAGGAAUCUAAAAUGUUUUAUGAUUGUCGUUAA